CUCGAAACAACAACGAGACCUGGUAGAAAAUAAAUUUGGAGCUCAGCCUUGAAAUUUGACUAGUUUACGCAUAUCCCUCAUGGCUCAGCCCUAUGCCUUCUUCCUAUUCCAUUUUCGACUCUCUGACUCCGACUGACAAAGAAAAAAACCAAAAACCCUAACCCUAAUCCCUAAUUUUCUUUUCCCAUCUCUUUCCCUUUUUAAUUUAUUUCUCGAUUUCUCUUUAAGGGUAAAUUGCGUAAUUUUGAAUUUGGAUGGGCCGUGAUUCGGCAACUUCGUUAGCUCCUGGUUUCCGAUUUCAUCCGACGGAUGAAGAACUCGUUCGGUAUUAUCUCAAGCGUAAGGUCUCCGGCAGACCUCUCCGGUUCGAUCACAUAUCCGUCGUCGAUGUCUACAAAUCCGAGCCCUGGGAUCUGCCUGGUCAGUCGAAGUUGAAGACCAGGGACUUGGAGUGGUACUUUUUCAGUGUCUUGGAUAAGAAAUAUGGUAAUGGGUCAAGGACCAAUCGGGCAACCGAGAAAGGAUACUGGAAGACCACUGGGAAGGACCGCCCGAUCAGCUAUAAUUCGCGGAAUGUUGGAAUGAAGAAGACCCUCGUUUACCAUAGUGGGAGGGCCCCUAAAGGCGCUCGGAGCAACUGGGUUAUGCACGAGUACCGACUUGUUGAUGAAGAAUUAGAAAAAGCUGGAAUUGCUCAGGAUGCGUAUGUUCUUUGUAGGAUAUUCCAGAAGAGCGGUACAGGACCUAAGAAUGGGGAGCAGUACGGUGCACCAUUCAUCGAGGAGGAAUGGGAAGAUGACGAGUUGACUUGGGUACCAGGUGAAGAGGCACCAAUCGAUGAAGUGCAAGUUAGCAAUGGUGAAUAUGUUGAACCGAAUAUGGUGGAUCAGAAUCUUGAUGCUGGCAUUCCUUCAGAGAAUGCUCCUGUUCCUUUGAACUUCUAUUAUGCGGAUACAAGCAACAAUGUUGAACAUUCAGGGGACUUCGUUCAAGAUGAUGUUAAGCCCAUUAUAGGCACUGGUGAAACUUCUCAGGUUGGUGGUGAACAGGUAUUCUUUGACUUACCACAACAAUAUGGAAUGGGUGCAGAACCAGUCAAAGAUGAAUAUCCUGUUGAUAUCAAUUACUCAAAUAAUGAACCAUACCUAGAUGCUUCUGAGGCUCCUUCAUUUGGUGAUGAUUUCUACAUAGAAACAAAUGACCUUACAAAACCCAUUGACCCUGAAGAUUUUGACAUGCUUGAUGAGUACCUUACAUUCUUUGAUGUGGAUGAUGACAACACUCAGUAUUUGACUAUUGAUUCUUCUGCCAAUGUGGGGAUUGAAAAUAAUGUUUCUGAAUCAGAUCCUAAUGGCCAGAAGCUUGUAAAUGGAGAAACUGAGUUUUUGGCCUCGGGAAGCCAACGUCUGCUAGAAGCAAAUGAUAGUAGUGAGGCUUCUUCUUCGAAGCAAAAGCCUGAGGCAACGGAGUUUGAACCAGAUAUGAAGAGUUCAUUCAUCAAAAGGGCCAGUCACAUGUUGGGCAGCAUCCCUGCUCCUCCCGCAUUUGCUUCAGAGUUCCCUACAAAGGAGGCAGCUCUACAGCUGAAUUCUGCUGCACAAUCGUCUAGUUCGGUUCACAUGAUCAGAAUAAGAAACAUGACUUUGGACGGCAGUGGGAUGGACUUGUCUUUUGGCAAGAACGAGGAUGUUAACCUCGUCUUAUCUUUUGGCGUGUCACAUGCUGAUGCUAAUUCCAUCACACUGGUACCUGUGGCUCGCUUGCUUUAUGGAAAGACAGGAUCAACAUUUACAAGGGGCUGUUUCUUCUUUUUGUUCAUUUGGGUCCUAAUUCUUUCUGUGAGUUUCAAAAUUGGAAGCCAUUUCUAUACCAAGUAGCUCAACGUCAGUAAGGCAUUGAUAGGAAACACACACCCCACGCUGUAUUAUCAGGGGUAGUUGGUAGUAAAUUCGCUGUAUAACCUGUUCUGGAUAUUGCAGAUUCAAUAUUUUAUUUUAUUUGUACUAACUGCUGUAUUGAUGACCUCCACAGAUAUUUGCAUUCGGUGUGUGUUAUUUAUUUUUAAGUUAGACUGAAUGCCUGAUUGGGACUGUCUUUUGAACCUUUAUAUUAUCUCAAAAUGUAAUGGAAUAUACAUACGACAAGUAUAAACAUAGUUCUUAUGCUGUAGA